ACUUAAUAUCAUUGAGAGUCACACUGUAAUGGACAAGAGUGAUGCUGGCGGCUGCUCCUCGACUCUCCACAUUCCUGCCUCGAAAUUCACUUUUCUGGCAAACUCUCUGUUAUCACCUGCACACAAUGAAAAUUGAAGAAAGUCGCAUGGCUGCGGUCCUUCGUCCGGGAGUGAAAAAAUUAGCGGGUAUGUUCAGUGAGCAUGGAUAUGAGGUGAGAAUAGCAGGUGGAGCAGUGAGGGACUUACUCUUGGGUAAAGUGCCUCAUGAUCUAGACUUUGCCACAACAGCAACUCCAGAACAAAUGAAGUCAAUCUUUGAGACAGAAGGAGUCAGGAUGAUAAAUGCCGGUGGAGAAAAACACGGAACCGUGACCGUACGUUUGGAGGACGAAAACUACGAGUGUACGACCUUGAGAAUUGACCUGGUGACUGAUGGUAGGCACGCAACAGUUCAGUUUACCCAAGAUUGGGAGUUAGAUGCCAACAGACGUGAUCUCACCAUCAAUGCAAUGUUUCUCGGUCUUGAUGGGACCGUUUAUGACUAUUUUAAUGGAAGCAAACAUCUUCAAGAUAGGUUUGUUACUUUUGUCGGUGAUGCAGAUAAACGCAUCAAGGAAGAUUAUCUGCGGAUAUUACGUUACUUUCGUUUUUACGGUCGUAUUGCAGAAGGUCCCGAUAACCACAGUCCAGAAGUGUUGGAAAGCAUCAAGAAAAAUGUAGAAGGUCUUGGUAAGAUUUCUGGAGAGAGAAUAUGGGUAGAACUGCAGAAAAUAAUCACAGGGAACUAUGGGGGUGAUCUGCUUAUCAAAAUGGUGGAGUGUGGUUUAAAUCCUUAUAUUGGCUUCCCAGAAAACUUAGACUGUGAUAAUGUUAGAUGUGUGUAUAAGAGAUGUGAGGAGGCAAAUAUACAGGUGAAAGAAAUGCAUCACAUGACUUUGUUGGCUUCAGGAUUGUCAAGUGAAGAAGAAUGCAUCAAGUUGAUAGCAAGGAUUAAGUGCUCUAAGAGAGAACAAGAGAUCUUACUUCAUAUCAUUAAGUACAGAGAUUUUGCGAUGCAAGCAACUUCUCUCAAGGAAAUAAAAGACCUCUUGGUAGAUCUCGUAAUAGGUGAGAAGAGGAAUAAAGACGUUGCUUUGUUUUAUGUGAGUGAAAUUUUGAAAUAUACUUGUAGAAUAGAAUAUCGGAAUGCAUUACAAGACUGGAACUUACCAAGGUUCCCAGUAAAUGGAAAUAUGAUUGGAGAGAAAGGUAUUCCCAGGAAGAAAACAAAAUUUGUCUUGAAUGACUUAUUGGAAGAAUGGAAAAAAUCAGACUUCAGUUUAAGUGCCAAGGACCUGUUAGAUACAUUAGACAUUGAGAGGUAUCAAUAGUGCAGAAAAAUAGCUAACAUUUUCAGUGAGUUUUCAGACUUUAAAACAACAACAAAUACUAUCAGUUAGCUACUUUAAGCACUUUUUAUAAUGUAAUGUUAUAGAAGGUCGGUUAAGACACUAAUCUCACAAGUAACAAAAUAAAUGGCACUUAUUGUA